ACACACACACACACACACACACACACACACAGGGGAUAUAUAAGUGGUGAAGCAGGUUUCAGGAACAGAAACGGGAGAGAGCACACUGAAGACUGACGAGCGCUUUGAAAUAAAACUUUAUCGACAGCCGACGAUGAGGACGCUGCUGCUGCUGUGUGUGUGUGUGAGCGUGUGUGUGUCCGCUGCCUUGGCUCAUGAUGAACUGGAUUAUGACAACUAUGACACGGACGCCAAGAGCACGACGACGAAGAACGGGACAACGCCACCAUCGACCAGUGUAGAUGCCCGAGGUCAUCGCCCAACCACGAGAGGCCACGACACAUACACCCCCAACCGCUAUGCCCCUCCCCCCAUCAGCGGCGGCGCCAGGUAUCGCGGCCGCCCUUCUGCCACUCCGGUGGCAGGUCAGCAGGUUCAGGAGAAGGAGGUGCAGCCCGAUGAAGGAGGAUGUAUUCACGCUGCAGAGGAGAUGGGUGUCCUGUGCCCGACCGGCUGCGAGCUGAAGACCAUGCUGCUGAAGCAGGAGAGGAACGUCAAGACGAGCAUCAACGAGCUGAAGCCUCUGGUGGAGGAUUUGUCUCGAUCCUCCAACAACGUGUACAACUACGUCAACAGCAUCUCCUCGUCUCUCAGGGAGAGGCAGAGAGUCAUCAACGAUAACAGCCGGGUGGUGAGUCAGUACACGGAUCGGGUGGAGGAGCAACACGCCUACAUCAAGGAGACGGUCGACACCGUGUUCCCCUCCAACAUCCGAGUGCUGCAGGGCGUCCUGGAUAAGAUCCGUCUGAAGAUCCUGAAGCUGGAGAAGGCGAUCCAGGCUCAGAGGGAGGACUGUAAGGAGCCCUGCACUACCAAGUGCCCCAUCCCCGUGGUGUCUGGUAAGGAGUGCGAGGAUAUUUUCCGCCGUGGAGGAAUAGACUCCCAGAUGUACCUUAUCCAGCCCGACAGCUUCAGCGCUCCGUACCGAGUCUUCUGUGAUCAGAGCACACAGAAAGGAGGCUGGCUACUCAUCCAGAACAGGCAGGACGGCAGCGUGGACUUCGGUCGACGUUGGGACGAAUAUCGACGUGGAUUCGGGAACAUCGCCUUCGACUCUGGGAAGGGUCACUGCCAGACUCCUGGUGAGUACUGGAUGGGUAACGACCGCAUCAGUCACGUGACCAAGAUGGGCCCCACUGAGGUCCUCAUCGAGAUGGAGGACUGGACUGGAGCCAAGGUCUAUGCCCAGUACCGCCAGUUCACCAUCCAAUCAGAGACGUCCAACUACGUGAUGGCGGUCGACGGCUACACUGGGAACGCUGGCAACUGUUUCCUGGAGGGCUCCCUGGAACUGUUUGGUGAAAACCGCACAAUGACCAUUCACAACAGCAUGAUGUUCAGCACCUACGACCGAGACAACGACAACUGGAUCCCGGGCGAUCCGUCUAAGCAGUGCGCCAGGGAGGACGGAGGCGGCUGGUGGUACAACCGCUGCCACUCGGCCAAUCCCAACGGCCGAUACUACAUCGGCGGAGCAUACACCCGCCGAAUGGCCAAACACGGCACCGACGACGGAAUGGUCUGGAUGAACUGGAAGGGGAGCUGGUACUCGCUCAAGGCCAUCAGCAUGAAGAUCAGGCCGUUCUUCGCCUCCAGAUAAUCCCAUCGGAGAGCGUCGACGCACACAUGACAGGAAACCGCCAAAAUAAAAGACAGAAAGGAAAUGGGUGGCAUUCGGGUUUUGGGUCAAACAGCUGCACAACUCUUUGUAGCUCAUUUGAAAGUGUGUCCUUUAUUUUAGCUGAAUCCUUCAAUUUGGUGGACACACACACAUUCAAGCACAACUAAAAAGGAGAGUGUGCUGAAAAUAAGCUUUAAAACGAAGUGAAAUAAGAAUUGAGAAACAGUCAGAUUAUUGUGUCUACAGGAGAAGAGAAACCUCGGCUGGUUGUGAGUGUGUGUGAGUGUGUGUGUGGUCGUCUUCAGUGUGCAGGACGAGUUAACCGACUGUCCUCUGCUACUCAAUAAACACGUUGAGGAACAUA